UUUAUUAUCUAUAAGUAGUUUAACCAAGUCAUUAAAUUGUUGUGUAACCUUCUUUCCUUCCUACUGUGUUUUUCAGGAUCUGGAGUCUCAGAAGGUGAUUGGGAGUGGCCAUGAGGCGAACGGAAUAUACUUGCUUGAUACUCCGGGACAAUGCUCUGAUCAGCCUGGGAAUGUUGCUUUUGGAGAACAUGGUGAUAUGCUUUGAAGAUGAGGACACAGGAAGAUGUUCAAUGGAAAGUCCAAGUGGAGAUAAGUCUACCCACAUUAAAAUGCGUAUUAUUGACUUUGGUAGUGCAAUUGAUGAGUUCACCAUGAAGCAUCUAUAUGGACCGAAUGGACCUUCUAGAUUUGAACAGACUUCAGAAUAUAGUCCUCCAGAAGCUCUUCUGAAUGCUAGCUGGUUUCAGGGUGCAACAAGCAUAACUAUGAAGUAUGAUAUGUGGAGUGUGGGGGUUGUGAUUUUAGAGUUGAUCCUAGGAUCACCUCAUGUUUUCCAGUUAAGUGCUCGAACACAUGCUCUUUUGGACCAGCAUCUUGAGGGUUGGAAUGAAGGCACAAAGGAGCUUGCUUAUAAAUUGAGGUCUUUCAUGGAAAUGUGCAUCUUGAUUCCAGGGAGUUCCUUAAAACAUCACCGAAGUCGCAAUAAGAAAGACCUUGUUGGGGUUUGGCCAGCUUCCUGGAAGUGCUCUGAGGAGUAUUUUUCACAUCAAGUGAAAAGUAGAGAUCCUCUUAAACUAGGGUUUCCAAAUGUCUGGGCUUUGCGUUUAGUGCGACAGCUGUUAGUAUGGGAGCCUGAAGAACGACUAAGUGUUGAUGAUGCUUUGCAACAUCCUUAUUUUCAACCUCCUCCCAAAAAUUGAGCUCACAGGCAUUAUCAAAUCUAUCCUACCUUCGAGCUUUUACAGUUUUCAUUCCCUGAGAAGCGGUACCUAUUUUUCAUUUAUUCGCUGUUAGCUUGUAGUAAAGCCAGAGGAAAAGUUUCUUUUUAUCAUCUUAGACCCUUCAAUUCUGUUAAAGCAGUCUUCAUACUCCACGGCUAACUGGAACACAAAACACGUAGAUGUUGGAAACUUCCCAAAGCACGAAUCAUUACUGGAAUAUUUAGCUUUGGCCUUGGAGGGAAGGCAGGACUCUUAAUGCCCGCCCUGCUGCAUAACUGGCGCACAGAGGAUUGACCGGAGUCCACCAUUCAUUGUAUUCCUUGUAGGAGCACAUCUGCACAUGCAGAGGGUUUGCUAGGAAACCACCAUUCAGUGUGCCCCGUGUAGGAAUUCUCUAGGUCAGUGAAUUGACCCAAUUGCAGGUGAUCGUACACUCUGAAGAACAGUAAUAAAUCAUCUUCAACGUCUACUCUUAUGAUUACUCUGCAGAAUCCUACUUCAAGACCUAGAAGAUCCUUGUGGUGGGAAAUUGUGUAUCGCCAAACACCUUGAUGGAUCCCAUCUGUUAAAUUCUUCCAUUCAGUGACACCAUCUACCGAUCUACGUAUAGUUAUACUGACGCAGCAUUUCUAUUAUUCCAGCCAUGUCUCCAAAUAUAUAUCCAGUUCUAUUAAUUCAAAUUGCAACCUUGUAAGCAAAUAUUACAAUGCUUCUUUCUAUUAUGUUGGUAAUUCUAUUUAUUUAUGUUGGUUACGAGUUAACCAAGAAGCCUCUUGCCAUGUUAAUGUUUGAACUUUGAAGUGUCUUACGUUCAGUCUUUUAUUCUGGUUUUGGUGACUGCCAGUGAUUUCUGUAGGACCUUGUGAAUAAGAACAUCUGUUGUUCUCUCUC